CACACACUUACAAUAAACAGUCAAGAGGCGCACAAAGAGUUAGCUCUACGGCUAAAAACACUUUAUUACCGUUGUAUAGAACUAUGCUGGAUGAAAGCAUGGGCUUAUCUGAUAAUUACACAUAACUGGGUUCGGUACGUGUAGAACAGAACAUUUGGCGGAUGAAGCGAACCUUGACUUCUUUUUCUCCUUAGCUUAGCUUGUUAGCUUCGCGGGUGUCAAACCGUUUCACGUCUGUCUUCAACCAGGAGUGACCAGACGCGGCUGCUGCGCCACAGCUGACCUGGACGUCGUUUUAUACAUCCAACGGCACGUUUUGGGUCUAUUUAUAAAUAUUUUCUUUUACGCCAGGUUUAAAUAAAAGGCGUAAUAAAUCACCCUACAGAACAAGGAAGUCUGAAUGAAAUCUGCAGUUAGCUUUUUCGAAUAUUUGCCAUUCGCGCGAGAUUUGACAGUUCAUCAGAUGAGUUAAAGAACUGAGGAAUCAAAUCCAGUUGCUUUCUACGAAUUAAACAACAAAGUAGGUUGCUUAAAUUUGGUCCUUAGGUUGCCGUAGAGGACUCUAUUAGAAACAUCAGGCUGAGCUGUCCAUACUUUGGCUUGUGUUUGGAUUAACCCUGGAGAAACAUGAUUCCCGAUCAAGCCCCGAAGGAGGACGUCUUCCACUGCAAUGAGGACCUAAAGAAAGAGUCUCACAUCCCCAGCUUUGAGCGAUACAAAGAGCUCUACAUCAACUCUAUAGAGAAUCCAGAUGAGUUCUGGGGCGCCAUUGCUAAAGACUUCUUCUGGAAGACCAAACACACAGGGCGGUUCCUGGACUACAACUUCGAUGUUACCAAAGGAGAAAUCUUCAUCAAGUGUAUGGAAGGAGCCACCACAAACAUCUGCUACAACCUGCUCGACCGCAACGUCCAUGAAAAGAAACUCGGUGAUAAAAUCGCCUUCUUCUGGGAAGGUAAUGAGCCUGGUGAUGACCUGACUGUGACCUACAGAGAACUGCUGCAGAAGGUCUGCCAGUUUGCUAAUGUAUUAAAAUCCCAGGGAGUGAAAAAGGGGGACCGCGUGUCCAUCUACAUGCCAAUGGUGGUUGAGCUGGUGGUUGCCAUGUUGGCGUGUGUCCGUAUCGGUGCUGUUCACUCCAUCGUGUUUGCAGGUUUCUCCGCCGAGUCUUUGUGUGAGAGGAUCAUUGACUCUCAGUGCUCUCUGCUCAUCACUGCAGAUGGUUUCUAUCGAGGAGAUAAGCUGAUCAACCUGAAGCUCUUAGCUGAUGAAGCACUGCAGAAAUGUAGAGACAAAGGUUUUCCAGUAAAGAAGUCAAUCAUGCUGAAGCACUUAUCAAAAGAACCAGAGGGGGUUGUGGGUUCUCAGUCUCCUCCUGCCAAGCGAGUGUGUCCAGAUCUGGAGGAGAAAAGGACAGGAAAAGUAAAGAAAACGCGUCCUGUUCCAAAGGUCCCCUGGAACCCAGAUGUGGACUUGUGUUGGCACUCUCUGAUGAAGGAGGCUUCAGACCAGUGUGAACCAGAGUGGUGCGAGUCUGAAGAUCCUCUCUUCAUUCUCUACACCAGCGGCUCCACCGGCAAACCUAAAGGGGUUCUUCACACAGUGAGCGGAUAUUUGCUCUAUGCUGCCACCACCUUUAAACUAGUGUUCGACCAUCAGAACGACGACGUUUACUGGUGCACAGCAGACAUCGGUUGGAUCACUGGACACUCCUACAUCACCUACGGGCCCCUUGCCAACGGGGCCACCAGUGUCUUGUUUGAGGGUCUGCCUACGUACCCUGAUGUGAGCCGCAUGUGGGAGAUAGUGGACAAAUACCGGGUCACCAAGUUCUACACGGCUCCGACAGCCAUCAGGCUGCUGAUGAAGUAUGGCAGCGAACCAGUGCAGAAGUACAAGCGUAAAUCCCUGAAGGUCUUGGGGACAGUGGGAGAACCCAUCAACCCUGAGGCCUGGCAGUGGUACUACAGCGUGGUGGGAGACGGCCGAUGUCCGAUCGUCGACACUUUCUGGCAGACUGAAACUGGAGGACAUGUCAUGACUCCUCUACCAGCAGCCACCCCCAUGAAACCCGGAUCUGCUACGUUUCCGUUCUUCGGAGUGGUGCCGGCCAUUUUAAAUGAGUCUGGAGAGGAGCUGGAGGGGCCGAGCGAAGGAUACCUGGUGUUCAAGCAGCCGUGGCCGGGUGUGAUGAGGACCGUUUAUGGGAACCACGAGAGAUUCGAAACCACCUACUUUAAGAAGUUCCCUGGAUACUACGUCACAGGGGACGGUUGCCGCAGAGAUAAGGAUGGAUACUACUGGAUAACAGGAAGGAUUGAUGACAUGUUGAAUGUCUCUGGUCACCUGUUAAGCACAGCAGAGGUUGAGUCGGCUUUGGUGGAGCAUAAAGCUGUCGCCGAAGCUGCCGUAGUGAGCAGACCUCAUCCUGUGAAAGGAGAGAGUCUCUACUGCUUCGUCACUCUUACUGACGGUGUGGCGUAUAACCAAGCGCUGGAGGCGGAGCUCAGGAAACAAGUGAGAGAGAAGAUUGGUGCCAUCGCUACUCCGGACUACAUCCAGAACGCACCAGGACUUCCCAAAACCAGAUCUGGAAAGAUCAUGCGGCGGGUGCUUCGGAAAAUCGCCUGCGACGAGAAGGAUCUGGGCGACGUCUCCACGCUGGCCGACUCGUCCGUUGUCGAAGAGCUCUUCAGGAACAGAUGCCGCACCACGGCGUGACGACCUCCAUUACUUUUCUGAAGAGGCUCUGAGCGCCGCUCCGUUAGUCACAGGCAAACAGAGAAGAAGCAAAGCAGCAGAUGAAAACCGCUGCUUCGAAACAUCUCUUCCUUCUCAUGCAGUAGCUGAACGCAAGCCUCAGUCUUCAGGGUUGCAAAUAUUUGAUUCUCUGAGGAUUGAGAAAGGAGAUGCUGCAUUGAUGAAGGCAACAUCCUACUUGUUUUUGUUUUUUUUAUCAGUGUUCAAGCUGAUACACAACAUCCCAACGUAGCUGCUCAGUUGGAACCCACCUGGUCUUUGUUAUUCCUCAUCUCUAUGCUGGUAGAAAACAGUAAACUCUGUCUAACAGCCAACAGUUAAAUGAAGCCAUAGCACCAUCAAUGAUCAGAUUUAUCCCAGACUGAUUAACAUUUUUAACCAGAUUUUAUGUUUUUUCUUUUGUUGUUU